CCGCCACAUAAACAAACAUGGCGGCUGCUAGUCCCACAGCCUCUGCUCUUCCUACUAAAGUUGUGAUUAAAACAGAGCCAGAUUCGGAAGAGGAGACCGAACCGGAGCCGGAGGAUGUGGCGCAGCUCCGGGAGCCCGUGGUCCCGCUGCUGUCGCCUGUGUGCGGGCUCCAGCCGCUGCUCUGGUCCCAAGACCACCGGCUGGCCGUGUCCACCACCAGCGCCGUGAGUGUGAUCGAGCUGCGCUGUGACAUCCAGAGCCCCAAACAGCAGCUCACCCUGCACAGGACCGCCAUCAGUGUGACCCAGGACGAGCACCGGCUGCAGGUGGGGUCUUCGAAGCAGCAGCAGGAAGCGUAUGCAAAGUUCUCUGUACACGAGGACCCUGCGAUCAAACAGGCUUAUCUGGCCAACACUGUCAUGAACCCAAUGAUAAAUCUGCCCAAAGGAGUCAAGUAUGUGAGCUGGUCUCCUCUGGGCUGUGACGCUAGGGGGUGCUGUCUUCUCGCCUGCUUAUCGCUUCACCACAGACUCACAAUCCACCAAAGUCACAGACAUCUUGAAUGGAGCACCCAAGCCGACCUCAGCAAGAAGUAUGGCGCGAGGCUAAAAGAACGCGGCUAUGCUAAAAAGGACAACGUACCCCCGAAAGCUAGCUUACUGAACUUUGACGAACUGCGGAGGCGAUUCAGUAUGCAAACGCCGGUGAGAAUGGAGUGGUCUAGCAUCUACACAACCCAACAGCUGCUUCCCAACAACGUCUGUGAGGACACUGAAAUAGUUUUGCUCGCCGUUUUGAUGGAAAAUGGCGAUCUUGUUUUGUGGAAAUUCGUAUUGCCCUUUACGACUGAAGAGGACAUUGAAUUUUACGACAUAAUAGAAUCUGGGGUAGAUCAGCCGAGUGACUUAGCGUGGUGGGAAUACGAAAGCGGAAACCGGCGAAUGAGCGGGCUAAUUAUCGGAAGCCAAUCGGGUCCGGUAAAGAUCAUGCCGGUUAGCUUAACGGGAAUAAAAGGAUACUUCACGUUGCGCCACCCUGUCAUCUUGUGGAAAGAAACGGAUCAAAUUGCAGUGAAAAACAUCAAAUGCGUCCCCAUGAUCCACUCCGUACACAAAGCUAGCUGUAGCCUCAUCGUAGCAUCACGCGGCUGUUACGUUUUCUGGUGUUUGCUAAUGAUCUCCAACGCUGGGCUAAACAUUCACAACUCACACGUAGCAGGAUUGUAUUCGCUUCCAAUUGUUUCGCUAGCCGUGAGUCAACACCCGGUCGCAAUUUACACCUGUGCAUCGGACGGCUGGAUCAAGCGACUGACGCCAACUUUUACGGAGAAGAGUUUGUUUUUCAAGCAGGAGGACAUAGUUCGCACGGAGAACAUGGCGGGAAGACGCAUGCACGGGUUAGCGGUUAGCCACAAUGGUGCGUACAUGGCUAUUGCUAGCACCCAAGGAAUAUCUCCAACUACUGGUUUUCAUCCACUUGAAAGGACAUACCAGGUUCACUUUAUGGCACUGAAAUCGGCAAAUGCUGCAGCUAAAAUAUUACUUAGCUCCCCCGUGCAAAAUUUGUACAAAAUGGCCGACCUACUUGACAUAGUCCGGUUGCAAAUACUGGAAGAAAAACAAAUUCCCACAGCUUUACAGCAAGAACUGGACAAAAGGAUCCAGGAGCAGGAUUUGAUGUACUUAUGGAAGUUUAAGCUGUUUUUGGUGCGAACUCUUUACCUGUCACUGCAGAGGCCGAAGGUCGGGGUGAGAUGGAAGCCAAUGCAGGAGGUCAGGAAGAGGUUGGUCUCAGAAGAAGAGGAGGAGGCGGAGACGACGACGGCGACGACAACGAUGGAUGGAGAGGAAGACAUGCAGACGGAAGGAGAGACACAAAAGGAAAGAGAGGGCCCAGGAAUCAAUAGAAAAAUUUUAUUAGAGAAAGAGGAGGACCUGGAGGAGCACAAGUCAGAGGUCCAGGCUUGGAUCAAUUCGGUGGAGACCCAUCUGAUGAGAGAGAACAUGAAGAGGGUCCUGGGGACGGUCUACCUCAAUUUCGUAAUCGCCCAUAAAGCCAGCAUCCCCACCUGUGGCCUGGUGCAGUACCUGAGCACAGACAACCGCGACCGAGACGCAGAGGUCCUGAUUGGUCACAUUAAGAAUAAACUGUACAAACAGACGUUCCGGGAGCACUGCAGUCUGUGUGAGGAGGUGCUGCCCUUCGACGACUACAAGCAGGCCACCUGUGCCAACGGACACGUGUGGCCGAGGUGUGGGCUGUCAUACCAGGCUUGCCAGGCGGUGACGUUCAGACGCUGCCUCCUGUUGGAUAGCAUCUCCAGACUGCCAGAGCCGGAGGAUCCGGUCUGGAUACAGAAGAUGCUGCAGGCUCCAUGCGCGCUCUGCGACUCUCCUUUCAUCUAAAGGUCAGAGGUCAGGAAAAAGACCUCUGGGCGACCUCCAGGGCGUUUGGCUUCAAAGCUGCGUCCAACACCUCAACACUUUUCGUACUGUUCCUGUUCACUUUUUAUAUUGUUGUUGAAAAUGAGAAUAAAAGACUUUAGAGUUC